GGGAACCCGCGCGAGCUACAGCAGGCGCUGAGAUCUGGGCGGGAUCCCUCUGGAUCCCUCCCCAGUCCCGCCGUCCGCGCCAGUCCGCUAAUUGCACGGCUGGGAUUAGCAGGGAGGGAAAUGACAGCCGGGAGGGAGGGAGGCGGUGAGCUCCCAGGCAGCUGUUUCGCCUCGCAGUUCCCCUCGCGCCAACCCCAGUCAGGACAUAGCGAGUCCACACACACACCCCGCCGCCCCAUCUUGCGCCCUUUCAGUCCGGCUGCGCUUGGGAUCUCGCCGCUGGCCAGCGGACCCCGCAGGGGCAGGAAGGCGCCGAUGGUGGUGCCACCGCCGCGAUGCCGGUGAUGAAAGGCUUGCUAGCCCCACAGAAUACCUUCCUGGACAACAUCGCCAACAGGUUCGACGGGACACAUAGCAACUUCCUUCUGGCCAAUGCUCAAGUACAUCGUGGCUUCCCCAUUGUCUAUUGCUCAGAUGGAUUCUGUGACCUCACUGGUUUUGCCCGAACAGAAGUCAUGCAGAAAAACUGCAGCUGCCGUUUCUUAUGUGGCAGUGAGACCAGUGAGGCUGUUCUGCAACGCAUUGAGAAAGUAUUGGAAGGAAAGCAGGAAUACCAGACCGAAGUCUGCUUCUACAAGAAGGGCGGAACAGCCUUUUGGUGCCUGCUGGACAUUGUCCCUAUCAAGAAUGAGAAAAGCGAGGUGGUCCUUUUCCUCUUCUCCUUCAAAGAUAUUACCAAGAGUCAUGGAAAGAACCAUCUCAAUGAAAAAAAGGAAGAAAAGUAUCACUGCAAGAAGGCAAGGAGCUCCCACUUGUGGGUGGCCAGGAAACAAGGGCGGAAUGCUUUGCACCAUCUCACCAGGCAGUUCAACAAGAAGGAAGGGACAGAGAUGAAGAUAAACAGUGAUGUCUUUGAAAACAAACCCUCAGUGCCAGAGUACAAAGUGGCCUAUGUACAGAAGUCCCGCUUCAUCCUUCUUCACUAUAGCAUCUUCAAAGCCCUGUGGGACUGGCUCAUCCUCCUGGCUACUUUCUAUGUGGCAGUAACUGUUCCCUACAAUGUCUGCUUCACUGACGCUGAGGACAGCUUAACAGCUGCCCGCAGCACCAUCGUCAGUGACAUUGUAGUGGAGAUGCUUUUCAUUGUUGAUAUUAUUUUGAAUUUUCGGACCACAUAUGUUAGUGAAUCAGGCCAGGUGGUUUAUAAUAAGCGUUCAAUUUGCCUCCACUAUGUGGCGACAUGGUUCUUCGUGGACUUAAUCGCAGCCUUGCCCUUUGACCUCCUCUAUGCCUUCAAUGUUCCAGUGACAUACCUGGUACACCUGUUAAAGACUGUUCGUCUCCUGCGCUUGCUCCGCUUGCUCCAGAAACUCGACCGCUAUUCCCAGUACAGUGCCAUGGUCCUAACCUUACUCAUGUCAAUGUUUGCCCUGCUAGCUCACUGGAUGGCUUGCAUCUGGUAUGUCAUCGGCCGGCAGGAGAGCAACGACCCUGUGACCUGGGACAUUGGCUGGCUCCAUGAAUUGGGCAAACGAAUUGAGGCCCCCUAUGUCAACAUCUCUGUGGGUGGACCAUCCAUCCGCAGUGCUUACAUUGCCUCCCUGUACUUCACCCUCAGCAGCCUGACCAGUGUAGGCUUUGGCAAUGUCUGCGCCAACACAGAUGCUGAGAAAAUCUUUUCUAUCUGCACCAUGCUUAUUGGUGCUCUGAUGCAUGCCGUGGUCUUUGGCAAUGUGACAGCCAUCAUACAACGCAUGUACUCACGGCGCUCCCUGUAUCAUACCCGCAUGAAGGAUCUCAAGGAUUUCAUCCGUGUCCACCGCCUGCCCCAGCAGCUCAAGCAGCGUAUGCUGGAAUACUUUCAGACCACAUGGUCUGUCAACAAUGGCAUUGAUGCAAAUGAGCUCCUGCAUGAUUUCCCAGAUGAAUUACGAGCUGAUAUUACUAUGCACUUGAACAAGGACAUUCUGCAGUUGCCGUUGUUUGAGAGUGCCAGCCGUGGCUGCCUACGGGCUUUAUCCCUGCACAUCAAGACCUCAUUCUGCGCACCCGGCGAGUAUUUAUUACGUCAGGGAGAUGCCCUGCAAGCAAAUUAUUUUGUGUGCUCAGGAUCCUUUGAAGUCCUCAAGGACAACAUUGUGCUGGCCAUUUUGGGUAAAGGAGAUCUCAUUGGUGCUGACCUGCCCAGUAAAGACCAAGUCAUCAAGACCAAUGCAGACGUCAAGGCACUGACCUACUGUGACCUGCAAUACAUCAGCCUACGUGGACUUUUUGAGGUUCUGGAGUUGUACCCUGAAUAUUCUGCCAAGUUCAUGGCAGAUAUCCAGCAGGACCUCACUUUCAACUUACGUGAGGGUAGUGAGAUUGAGGGGCUUCUCCGAUUUUCCAGAUCCCCACGUUUAUCCCAGCCUCAUCUUCAAAGUUGUGCUACUGCCGCUGAGAAGACCCUACCUUCCAUCCAGGAGUACAGUGAGGACUCUGAGGACUUCUUUCAGCCUUCACCUGCCACAAUCACACGUCGAAAAAUCAUGUUGCCCAACCUCAAUAGCCCAGUAAGGCGGGGUUCACUCAGCAGUCUUCUGGGAGAUGAUUUGCGUCAGUUCUCUGCCCUGAGGAGAACUUGUCGGUCUCCAGUCCGCUGCAACCGGGUCCACAGUCCUUCUCCACAAUGCCGUCAGGAGGAGCGACAUUUUGACAGUGACGGUCUCAUUGGCCAGAAGCCUAGCAAACUUCUCAUUCCCUCUCUCGCACACUGCGGACCUCCAGACCUCAGCCCCAGAAUUGUUGAUGGCAUUGAAGAUGACAGUGGAACAUCAGAGACACAAACAUUUAGUUUUAAUGUGGAACAAGCCCAGCAGACUUUGGUGCAGGAUCCUAUGAUAACAGCAUUUUCUAUGGGGAAUAGACUGUUCCUAAGAAGACAUAACACAGCUUACACUAUUGAUUCAGUGUCCUGAUGCAGUUCCUCAAAAAUGUCUCUGAACACCAUUAUAAGUUGCUUGUCUUUUUAUGUCUCCAAUAUCUAAAAGUUUUUCUUUCCUAUAAAAAUGCAUUUAUUCUUUAAAAGUAAUUUCAAAGUCUUAAUAUUCAAAACCCAAUAUUCCAUUGUUUCUGAGAUUUUCAUUGUUCAAAAGUUUCUGUAACCAAAAUCUUGUCCUGCUUUUUGCUGUUUAUUUUAAAUUUUUAAAGAUUACAAAGAUAUAUCUCAUACAUUAAUUAGAGAUUGAAGGCACUCACCUGGUGUUUCCAAACUUGUCAUUUUGAAAGUUCAUAACUUCUUUAAAGCAAUUAACAGGCAAUUUCCAAAAAUGAUUAUCAAGAGAACUGCGAAAACAGAGUCCUUUAAAAGGCUACAUUCGAGGCUGGAGUAAAUAUGGCAAAUUCUCUCUCCUCCUGGUUAUCCCAUGCUUUGCAAGUGUCCUCAAAACAAACAACUGUAUGCAACAUAGCUUGGGUGAUCCAUGGAUCUCUCUUCAUCCAGAGAAAGUUGAAGCAAUGAUCUACUCAUCAGCUCCCUGUUCUUAGUUGCUAAUGUUGGCUCCAUUAUUUACAGAGCCAUUUUCUGCAUGCCUUUCUUCCCUGGAUUGAACUAGUCAUUCUAUAUAGUUGUAUUUUAAUACUUUACUUGUAAAGGUUCAGUGUAAUGUUGGGAUACCAUUUUGCAAAAAUGUUGCAUAUUGCAUCUCAAAAUGGGCAAUAUUACACAUGAACCUACAUGCAAAGAACAGGAUAUUACUAUAAUGAAGAAAUGUUGUACAGUAUAUAUUUUAGACAAGUUCAAAUUAAAAAAAUAUAAACUGAGA